AUGUGGUGGGCAUUGGUUGUAAUUAGCCGGAAGACGGCAGGUCUGGAAGGAUUUCAGUCUUUUCAGACCUGUGCGUGUCGAGACAAGAACCAGAUGGUGAAACGGAAGCGGGAAGAUAGUAGAUUCUUCUUCGCCCACUAUGGAUGUUGUGUUCCAACCGAAUCCUACGCCUGGAUCCUCGUCGUCAUGUUCAUCACUACCGUCCUUGUGCUUCUUUUCUGUAUGCUCGCCACAGCUGUCAUUCGAUGGAUGUACAAACGAAGAAUGCGCAAGCGGCUUCAUGACCUGAAACGGAAGUUUGUGACGGAUCAGUUACAAGCUCAAGAGUUUGAUGCAAAACUCAAUUAUAUGGCUCAAAACAAUAGAAGAGGUGGCAGAAACGAGGAACCCUUUGCCAAAGAAAACGGUAAUGAGAAGUUCACCAUUUUUGUGGAUCCCGCUCAAAACUGUGCUGCUCAACAUUUGCAAAACUCUGGAAAGGACAAGAAGAAAAUCAGUAAUUCUCUCGGGCAGAAGGUCGCAACUCCAGCAAUGGACAAACCGAUUUACGACGCAGAUGAUACACCGAUUGCGCAGAGUUCAUUGGCAAGUCAAUCGGAUUUGAAGAAACAUGAUUCUCGUUUCGCGUAUCUUCCGAAGAAUCAAAGGCCAAGACAGGUGUCCGAUGAUGAAACCCAAAAGCUCACCCCAAUCUUUCUUCCUCAGCCAUAUAAGCCUUCUUCUCAGCAAGGACCACCACCAAUGCUCACCAGACAGCCUUUUCAUGCUCAGAAAACUUCUCCACCGAAAAAACCACUUGAAGAGUCUCCAGAGAAGAAAAAGAUGAAAGAUGAUCUGGCACCACCAGCUGCAAUAAGUUUUUCCAAGCUGUCUCCAUCUACUGUGACAACAUCUGGACCAUCAACUGUUGAUACUACUGGUUCUUCUGGUAAUUCAACGGAUCCGACCACAAGAUCAAACACUUCAAAUGUACCAUCUGGAACUUCCGAAGCCUCAAUCACCAACCCAAUCCUUCAUUCUCCUCCAUCAAAGUUUGAUAAUAUUCCGUCUCCACCAAAAGCAUUUUCCGAUGAUCUUCGAAAAUCCCCAGAUGAUGAUGUGAAACAAAAUCCACAAUAUGGCAUGGAUAUCGUUAGUCCCGUUCAAUUGGUUAAAUCGUCUGAUAAAGGAUCUGAUGGUCAGAAAGAAGAAAGAAAAGAUGGAGCAGGUGGACGUGGAGAAUGGAAAUAUUACUAUGCAAGUGGAUCAGAUGGGAAGAUCGGAAAAGCUUUGAGCACAACUACUAAGUCUUCCACCAGUCACCGUCGUUCUACUCGUUCUUGGCUCUUUGAUUCAACCGGCUCAAAUCGUCUUGAAGCCGCUAUCGUUGGAUCCGCUCCAAAAACCAACUCAACUGUCUCCAGCUCGAUUCUCAAAACGGACUCGUCUCACUACAAAACUGCAUCAAUUGAAACAUUCCCUCAUGGUGCAUUCAGUUUCCAAUAGUUAUUUUUUCCUACAGUUUAAUUUUUUCCUCGUUUUCAUUGUGUUGUAGAAUAGACUCAUAGAAUUUAUUAAUGAACAUUUA